AAUCAGAACUGAAGGGUGGUGAAGCCAUGGUGAUGACAACUUUGAUACCAGAGAGCAAGGAGAGGAUGGUAUUGUCUGAUUUGCCAGUGAUAGAUCUCUCUGGGAAGAGGGAUAAAGUGAGGAAACUCAUGGUGAAAGCCUGUGAGGAAUUCGGUUUCUUUAAGGUGAUCAAUCAUGGUGUGCCCAAGGAAAUUAUCGACAAUGUUGAGAAGGAAAGCAAGGAAUUUUUCUCUUUACCGACUGCCGAGAAGCAGAAGGCUGGCCCUCCUAAUCCUCUUGGAUAUGGGAGCAAGAAAAUCGGAUUCAAUGGCGACACUGGUGAUCUUGAAUAUCUUCUCUUCCAUGCAAAUCCUACAUCCAUCUAUGACAGAAUCAGAAACAUCAGCAGCAAGGACUCCAAUAGGUUCAGUUCUGUGCUAAGUGAUUAUGUGGACUUGAUGAAGGAGCUUGCAUGUGACUUACUGGAGUUACUAGGAGAAGGGCUGGGGCUUGAGGAUAAAAAGACCUUCAGUAAACUCCUAAAGGAUAGUCAAAAUGACUCUCUUAUAAGGCUAAACCACUAUCCUUCCUGUGAUAGCGAUGCUGACCAAAGGUUGAGCUUCAUGAAGACUAAAGAUGACAAGAGUUCAAGGGUUGGAUUUGGUGAGCAUUCUGAUCCUCAGAUUCUCACCAUCCUUAGAUCGAAUAAUGUUGAAGGUUUGCAAAUACAAUCACCUUUGGAUGGCAACGUAUGGAUCCCAGUGAAGUCUGAUCCGUCAGCAUUCUUCAUCAAUGUUGGCGAUGCUCUGCAGGCUAUGACAAAUGGAAGAUUUGUAAGUGUGAGGCAUAGGGCUAUAGUAACUGCACAAAAAUCCAGGCUAUCCACAAUGUUUUUUGUUGCACCCUCCCUACAAGCUUGCAUCUCCCCUCUACCAGAGAUGGUCACACUUGAGAAUCCUCUGAAAUAUAGGUCCUACACUUGGGCUGAGUACAAAAAGACUAUGUACUCACUCAGGCUUGCUUCCAACCGACUCGAGCUCUUCAAAUUGGACUGCAAUAAGGAGAGCAAGGAUUUGAUGAGAUGA